AUGCGACUUUUGGCUUUAUUAAUAUUGGCGCUGGUGGGUUGUCAGAUGAUACACACAUAUCCCAUGCCAGCACCUGGUGAUGACAAUAUCCAUGAGGAACUUGACGACAAUUUACGAGACAGUUAUGAAACUGAUUUUCAUAGAAUUCACGAUAAUAAUGCAAAUUCUGAGGACAUCCCCGAUGAAAAAUCAAGUGAAAAUAAUUUUGUAGAUAACUAUGAAGGAGUUGAACAGUUACCGGAUGAUGCACCACUUGACGUUAAUAUACCAGAUGUCAAUGAAGCUGACAUUAACUUACCGGAUAACAAUGAAAAUCAUGACAUCGUUCCAGAUAACACAGGUGAUGAAUUCUUAGGGAGUGACAAUAAAAGUGAAGACAAUGAUAUACCAGAUGUCAAUGAAGAUGACAUUAACUUACCGGAUAACAAUGAAAAUCAUGACAUCGUUCCAGAUAACGCAAUUGAUGAAUUCUUAGGGAGUGACAAUAACAGUAAAGACAGUAAUUUGCCAGAUGUCGAUGAAGAUGACAUUAAAUUACCGGAUAACAAUGAAAACCAUGACAUCGUUCCAGAUAACGCAGGUGAUGAAUUCUUAGGGAGUGACAAUAAAAGUAAAGACAGUAAUUUGCCAGAUGUCGAUGAAGAUGACAUUAAAUUACCGGAUAACAAUGAAAAUCAUGACAUCGUUCCAGAUAACGCAGGUGAUGAAUUCUUAGGGAGUGACCACAAAAGUGAAGACAAUAAUUUGCCAGAGGUCAAUGAAGAUGACAUUAACUUACCGGAUAAUAACGAAAAUCAUGACAUAGUUCCAGAUAACACAGAUGAUGAAUCCUUAGAGAGUGACCAUAAAAGUGAAGACAAUAAUUUGCCAGAGGUCAAUGAAGAUGACAUUAACUUACCGGAUAAUAACGAAAAUCAUGACAUAGUUCCAGAGAACACAGAUGAUGAAUCCUUAGAGAGUCACAAUAAAGGUGAUGGCAAUUUAGUAGAGAAUAAUGAAGGCGACAAUAACAUACCAGAUAAAAACAAAGAAAAUAAUAAUAACUCGCCGAAUGGAAGCGAAGGUUAUGACAACAUAUCGGAUAAAAAUCAUAAUGGUGAUAGUUUACUAGAUGAAAAUAAAAGGGAUGACAAUUCCCCAGAAGUUAAUAAAGAGGAUAAAUUAAAUGAUAAUGGCCAUUUACCAUAUGAUGACGAUGAUUCAAAGACUGAUUCUGAGCAAAGUAAUAACUUAGGACACCAUGCAAGUGAUAAAUUACCCGAAAACAAUAAUAAUUCGGAACUAGACGAUGAUGACCCGAUCGAAAUUGGAUUUCCAAUAGACGAAAAUCUUUUCAACCAGUACGCAUUAUUUGGUGACCCUUAG